GAAAUAAUUUGAGCAUGAUAAUAUCCUAUAAACUGGACAGAAACACAAACAUAAGCACAAACAACAACAGAUAAUGGGUAAAAAGGGUGGUAAAGGAGUGAGUGACGAAGAUUUUGUUGUUACCAAACGAAAUGGACGUAAUGCUAAAGGAAAAAGAGGAAAAGCGCGAGAAGAGCUAGAGACGAGCGAUAUUGAAGACGAUCUGUCCAGUUAUGUUAGUAACCUCAGUUAUCAGCACAUUGACAAGGACUCUAUUGGGUCAGGAAGUCUAACAGGGGAGAGUGGUAUAGAAGAUAACGAUGUAUUGGACCAGCAAUUAGACGUUUCAUUGGAGGCCGCUGCUCUCAAAAACUCGGUAGUGAGAAUAAAGAACUUGAAGAUCAUUCAGGAGCUACUGUCUACUAAAAUAAUGGGGGAGACUUUGUUUAAAAGGAAAGGAGAAAUGCUGGACGUGCUCAUCAAAUCUUUCAAGAUUGGUAAAGGGGCAGAGAGGUUAACAACAGCCCAACUAACAGUGCUAUACGGACUGCAGUGCGGGGAGGAGGUGGAUAUGGAGGAUCUUUAUAACGAGAUCAAACCUUUCCUGUUAGCUGCUAUUGAUGACGGCAACAUUGACGCAGCUCAGCGGGCUAAAAUCAUCUUCAAACUCUCUGUGCUGUGUUUCUUAUGCUCUGAUAAUAUGGAUGACAGGAAAGAGUUGUUGCUAGUACUGAGAGACAAGGUAAAACAGGUCAACCCAGACGUGAUUAUCAACUCGUUAGCUUCAAUAUCACUCAUACUAACCAUCUGCACCCCUACUGAACGAAGAAACGUCAUACAGAUGUUGUUACCGACUGUUAGAGACCUAUUGAAGAACAGUAUUGUGGAGGUUAGAAUUGAAGCUGGAGAAAUGAUCGCCCACAUCUUCGAGCUGGGUCGUGACUACGACGAGGAAUUUGAUGAUCAGGUUAAAGAUUUACAGGACCUGUUGGACGAUCUGGAUAAGUUACAAUCAGACGGGGCUAAGUUCAGAGCCAAACGGGACAGAAAGGUUCAGCGAGCGUCUUUCAGAGAGAUAUUCGCCUUUGUUAGUGAAGAAGGGGAAGUUAACGAGCAAGUUAAGAUCUCUCUGAGCGAGACUCUGACCCUGUGCUCCUGGUCAGAGAGGGUUCAGUACGGGGGUAUAAAGGAAAUCCUGGGGCCCGCCACCUCCCUCCACCUUCAGCAAAACAUAUUCGUCAGGGAAAUAUUUGGACUCGGAGCGGUUCCUCUGAGAAUGGAGCCUGUCGCUAGGGGGGACAAGUUAGAAAUGAAGAAGCUGAACGCCGCGUGUCACAAGGCUCGGCAGAAGAACAUGCUAAAACAGCGAGACAAGAGGAUGGUGUUGUGAUGAGCGUAUUAUUUAGGGACACCUUUAGACUUCAAUGUGAGGGAUUAGCACCCGGGAAUUUAGUGAACUGGGCCCGGCUCAGCAGAUUAUUAUGAAAACUUCAGCAUUUCCAAAUAUAUCAGUUUUUUAGACAUUUUCCAAAGCUAAGAAACAUGAACACAGAUACUGAUGAAUAAACUAUUAAGUUGGGAUCGUUUGUAUAUUAAAUGAACCUCCAGGGGAGAGGUUGUUGAGAAAAAAGAGAAAAACGGACACUUUCUCAUUUCUACAAAGAAAGGAGGAUGGUGAAUAUGUGGAUAUUACUAUCAGAUGAAAUAUUAUAUCAAACAGAGAGUAAAGUUACAUUUUUAUCUCCAUUUGAUCGUUUUAGCUUCAAUUUAUCAAAGGACAAUCUCUGUCUGUAUUGAGACUGCCACUCGACCAUAACUUAGAUUUAAUAUAAGAGCCGGUACCUACAUAUGGGCCUAGUUUGUGAUAUAUUUGUAGUUCAUUAUAAAGAUUGUAGUAGGAAUUCAGACCGGACUGUGGCUUCCUUGCAACUUCGAGAAUUCGAGAUGGGCUGGAAAUUAUUUUAGGAGUUUGAAGAUUUUCGAAGCUCAAUUUUCAUCCAAAAUAUUUUACAUUUUAACUAAAAUUUAGCGACUGAAAGGCUGCUGGAGCCAUUCUAACAUCAGCAUUAAAUAUAGCAAUAUAUUCUUCAGAAA